CUUGCACUGCUUUUCAGUGAGGGUGAGUGCAAAAGAUACAUCAAUAUGAGGUAUCAAACUGAGGCUUAGAUGUUCCUUUUAAGUGGCUGCUCAUUUCCUUGAGCCAUAACAUGGGCUAAAGGUUAACUUAGCCAAUCUCCGUGGAAGAACAAUUUCUCUUUUUUUGGGGAAGGGAGAAGGAAGGGGAAAGGGCGUUGUUUCACAGUCUUUCCCACCUUAGAGACUCCAUGUGAUGUACAGUGCUGCUCAUGCAGAUUUUUCUUUUUUUUUUUUUUUUUGUUCCCCCCCACUGGAUUAUUUGCUAAUCAGACUUCAGUGCAGUGGAGAUAAGAGCGAGACUGUUGCCUAGCUCCCGAUCCCGGAGCCAGGAGCACCGCCGCGGCCGCUGCCGCUCCGCCGUCCCGCCUCUCCAUGGGCCCGGCGCGGCGGAGCUGUCCGAGGUGCUAGGAUGAUGCUGGCUGCGCGGGGGGUCAGGGCAGCCGGAUUGCAGCAGGAGAGGAGCCCCACAGUCCUGCUGGCACCCGAAGGUAGGCUUGCUCUUUGUUCGAGGAUUCCUGAUUAAUCAACAACAGCACCAGCGGAGCCAGGCAGCCGGAGAGAGCAAGCCUGCCUGGAGUCGCGGGGGAGAGAGAGAGAGAGACGAUGCCACGAGCCAGACUGCUUCAGACCUUCCGUAUUUGAGUGGCAAUGAGCGAGAGAGCGCCUUUCCUUGCUGCAAGAAGCCAUUUGGAUAGGAUAUUUGCUGUUCCUUAUAUUCCUUCCUUUUUGUCUCCACAGAACAUAUUCAAAUGAGGCACCUUAGAAAUCUCUGUGUUAGUGCAUAUGAUGGUGCUGUAAUCGUCUGUGUUGUAAAGUGGGUAAAAAUCAUCCAGUUCCUUCUCUGCUGGACCUCAAAGCAGGGUGUUGUUUAUACCCUCCCAUUAUCCAUACCCUCUCUUCUCUGAAUGUGGAUUUAAAGAAGCAAGCACCUGUCUGUUCUUCCCACUGCAUUUUUUUUUUUUUUAUAAAAAAGCCAAACUUUCCAUGCCAUUUUAAUCAUAUGUUAAGAAGAUCUAUAACAUAACACAUUGACUUGCAGUGAUGUCGAAUUCUACAAUCCGGGCAAUUCUGCCAGCAAGAUUUAAUGCACUUUAACUGAAGAAAAAAAACUGAGCCUAACUGAAAAUCUGUUUCUUAUGGUGCUGAAAUAUCCCUUCCGACUGCACUGAGAUAACCACAGGAAAGGGCUUUUACAGGCAAAAGUCACCUUUGAUUAUUGCACUUAGUGGUCCCCGUGGACUUAGAUUUUGGAAACGUUGCUUUCCUUUGUUCAUUAUCUCCUGCAAGAUGAUGAGUUCUAAUCAGGAGGAGGUCACUUUGGGCGCUUUUCUCCAGUAUAUUGAAGAUAUGGGGAUGAAGGCCUAUGAUGGCUUGGUUAUACAGAAUGCAUCAGACAUUGCUCGAGAGAAUGAUCGCAUGAGGAAUGAAACAAACCUGGCUUACUUGAAAGAAAAGAGUGAAAAACGUCGAAAACAAGAAGAAGCAAUAAAACGCAUAGGUGGAGAAGUAGCAAGAGGAAAUGAAGGCAGCUACGUGGGGAAACAUUUCCGCAUGGGAUUUAUGACAAUGCCGGCUCCUCAGGACAGGCUGCCUCAUCCUUGCUCCAGUGGCUUUACCGUGAGAUCCCAGUCUCUCCACUCUGUUGGAGGAACCGACGAUGAGAGCAGCAGCUCCCGUAAGCAGCCACCUCCGAAACCCAAGCGAGACCCCAACACCAAACUCAGCACCUCAUCUGAAACAGUCAACACAGGAACAACAAGCAAAAGUGGGAAACUACCGGACCGGACUGAAGGUUUGGAUCAGGACCCAUGUCUGCUGAUGUAUGAGGGGCAGAGUUUCAACACAGUGUCAGCCAAACCAAGACCUCACAGCGAUGAAUACACAAAGAAGAUUCCACCUCCUAAGCCGAAACGAAAUCCAAACACUCAACUAAGCACAUCUUUUGAUGAAACGUAUAUCAAAAAGCAUGGCCCUAUGAAGACAACACUCACUAGGGAUGCCUCUUUAUCGCAGGUCAGCAGUCCUGCUCCAGACACAGAGGAAGAAGAGCCUGUUUAUAUUGAAAUGGUUGGGAAUAUUCUCAGAGACUUCAAAAAAGAUGAGGAUGAUCAAAGUGAAGCCGUCUACGAGGAGAUGAAAUACCCUAUAUUUGAUGAUGUAGGCCAAGAUUCAAAAUGUCAAUGUGAAUAUGAUCACCACACUUGUUCUUCUCAGUGUGCUACUCCCACAGUGCCUGACCUAGAUUUCACCAAGUCUUCAGUGCCAUCUACUCCCAAGGGCUUGCUUUGUGAUAUACCCCCGCCAUUUCCAAAUCUGCUUUCUCACAGACCUCCACUGCUGGUGUUCCCACCAGCGCCAGUGCAGUGUUCCCCAAAUUCUGACGAGUCUCCUCUAACUCCACUAGAGGUCACAAAGCUUCCCGUUCUAGAAAAUGUGUCUUACAUCAAACAACAACCUGGAGCUUCUCCAUCUUCACUGCCGCCUCAUACACCAGGCCAUCAAAAACUGGAGAAAGACCAGACAGUAUCUCAUGGAACUAGCACCCCUGGGCACACCUCCUCACCUCCUCAUCCUUCUACCUUAUACAGAACACAGUCUCCACAUGGUUAUCCUAAAAGUCACUCUGCCUCACCUUCUCCUGUCAGUAUGGGUAGGUCUCUUACCCCCUUAAGCCUCAAAAGACCUCCACCUUAUGACUCUGUACAUUCAGGAAGUCUCUCAAGAAGCUCUCCAUCAGUGCCUCAUUCUACAGCCAGAAACACGUUGCAAGAAGGAGGAAAGAUGGUAAAUGCCUCUGUCAGUACCUACGGGUCAUCCUGUCAGAGCGGUUCCCGUUCUCGGACACCCACCAGUCCUCUGGAGGAACUAACCAGCCUCUUCACCUCAGGACGAAGCCUCCUGAGGAAGUCCUCCAGUGGCAGAAGAUCUAAGGAGCCUGCAGAAAAACCACUGGAUGAGCUGAAGAUCAGAAGUCACAGCACUGAACCACUACCAAAGCUGGAAAACAAAGAGAGAGGAUAUCAUGGGACAACUUCCUCCAGGGAGCCAGGGAAAGCUCAGGAAUGGGAUGGAACGCCGGGCCCGCCUGUGGUGUCCAGCAGGCUGGGGAGAUCCUCUGUCAGCCCAACCAUGCUGGCUGGAAGCAACAGCUCAGAGUCUAAAGCAAGCUGCAGAUUAGGUCGGUCUGCAUCCACGUCAGGUGUGCCUCCUCCCUCCGUGACACCGCUCAGGCAGCCCAGUGACCUUCAACCGAGCCAGGUCACGUGUAUGCAGUGGUUGCAAGGGGACCACACGAUGCUGGAUAUGAUCGAAAAAAAGCGUUGCCUCUGCAAAGAAAUAAAAGCUCGACAGAAAUCAGAGAAAGGACUCUGCAAACAGGACAGCAUGCCUAUUUUGCCGAGUUGGAAAAAGAAUACCGGGACCAAGAAAUACAGCCCUCCUCCUUACUCGAAACAACAAACUGUGUUCUGGGACACUGCCAUUUGACAGGCCUGUGGAGGAUUCCUUCUCCACUGUGUUGCGCCGAGCACAGAAAGAAAAUGGCAGAAGGAAAACUCCAGAGAUCUCGCAAAGUUCCAGAGUCUGCUGGAAAGAAGACAACUUGUUGGUCAUGAGAAAUCUGUUGAGAUAACAGGUUCAUUAUUCAGAAAGUGUCAAUGCUUUGUCUUCCUUGUAAUGUGGCAAGAGAAGAAUUUUCCAUAACCAUGUGUGAAAUACUGAGCUCAGCCCUUUCCCCCAACUGCACGAGGUCUCUGGUGACAAAAUGGAAGCUGGCAUUCAGUCAGCCCGGAUAGUCCUUCUCCACACUGGUCUCUUCCUGGAGAAUUCCUUUAAAACCCCGCUGCUGAAGCAGUUUCACAGCCCAGACCUGCGGGCUGCAGUGCCCGGCCCUUUUUGGGGGAAGGCAGGUGUUAAUGGGAACAAUUCCGUGUUUGACAGUGUUUGUUCAUAUUGUGUCCUUUUCAUAUCAAUACGUAAUAGGAAUAAUGAUCAGGGAAUUGAAGCAUUCUUGUCCUAAGCAGACUUGCUUGUACACUUAGCCCGCCACAAACCACUCCUUGUUUCGCUUUCAUUGCUCAACACCGUUUGUGUUGUCCUUCCUAAAUAACUGCCCAUGUGCUUCCAGACCUCCAUUGUAUCCCAUGGAAACAAUGGCUUUUUGUUUCAAAGUGCGACAACAUGAUAAAAGUAAAAUAUGACUUAGCACUUACCUUCAAAGCACUUUAGAAAUGUGAAGUAAACCUCACACUUGCGAGAACCGUUUUACAGAGGAGGGCAGCGAGGCUCGGGUGGAGUAGUUUCUGAAGGUCACGGACAGAGCCAGGACAGGACACGGGCCACUGACCUGUCCCGGGACUGCUGGCCCACCCCACCCCACCCCACCCCACCCCUCGAGUAAAAGGCACAUCGUGCUGCCCAGAGCUGCCAUCACAACGCUGUUAAACAUUUCCUACACCACCUCUCGUCUCAGCAGCUUCUGUGUCACAGGGUGAAUGACAGUGCUUAGUUACACACGGUCAUUAAAGCUGUAGUCUGUAUAAAUAUGCAAUCUGUAUAUACAUACAGAUCACAUAUAUACACACACUUAUGAAGACUGUAUAUAUGAAAUUGUUUGGUAUGCACUUAUUUUGCUUUAAACUCCUGAAGGUAAACAUUAUAGUGUAGCAAUUUGUGUAAAGUGCACUGUGAUUUCAAGAAAGCACAGUAAAGUCACAGGUCUUGUUAUUCUUGCACUAAAAAUGUGUUUACGUAUAUUAGCCAAUGUAUGUCUACUUUAUCGCUCCUUUUGACAAAUUAAAGCAAAUGGUAUAAAAUAGUAUGGGUUGUUUUUUUUUUUUUCUUGGUUUAGGUUGUUUAUUUUUAAGUGGACAAUGGCACUAUGUUUUUAAAUGACAGGGUUUUUAAAUAAAAUGAAAUCAUUCUGUGUUCAUUCCGAUGUAAUACAUUUACCAAUAUCUUGAAAUUGAAUGUCAUGUUGCUUUUUUUUUAUAUUUCAUUAGAAAUUGUCAGGUAUGUGCCUGAGAUUGUGUAGGAGUAAGGAGUAGCUAGAGGCUAACUGUAAUCAUAUAUUAUUAGCCGUUUCUAUAUACACGGUAUAAAUACAUAUUAAUUUUCUUUUCAUUUUUGUACUUGAUUUUUUUAGGUAAGAUGUAAUUAAAUGUACUUUGAUACUUCUGAAGUAAUAAGAUGUUGUUUGAAGAUCAAUUCUGCUUUCUUUAGUGCAUUGACAAUAUUUUACAAUAAUUUAGUGCUUAUUUAUUUGUGCUCCGGUGUAAUUAUAAUAAAAAGCAAUAGUUUAAAA